AUGGCCCACAAGAGCUAUGCCAGGAGCAUAGAUCUGCCGACAGAGCAACUCUUCCCCAAUAUACGCAAUGCUAAACGUUUUGCCAUUGACAUUGGUGGGUCGCUGGCCAAGGUUGCCUACAGCUCUCUGGUGAAAAAGAAAUCUACCAUGGUUUUUGAUGAGCCUGAUUCGUUUGGUUCCAGCUCAAUCUACAACGUUUCGGAAACUGACCAAGAGGAAAUGCGGCUUCAUUUUGUGAAAUUUGAGACCAAAUACAUUGAAACGUGCCUAGAUUUUAUCCAGGCAAAUCUCAUCCAAUCGGAAGAGUUCAUGCUAGACAAGGCCAUCAAAGUGACAGGAGGCGGGGCUUAUAAAUACACAGAACUUAUUACAAGUAAACUUGGAGUUUUGGUGGACAAGGAAGAUGAGAUGGAUUGUCUGAUCAAAGGCUGCAACUUCCUGCUGAAGAACAUCUCUGACGAGGCGUUUUGCUACAUGCGGCAUGCGAACCCGGAGUACAAGUUCCAAGGUGUGGACUCUGAUGUCUUUCCUUACAUCCUUGUUAACAUUGGCUCUGGAGUCAGUCUUUGCAAGGUGGAGUCGGAAAGCAAGUUUGAAAGAAUCGGGGGCACUUCGACGGGAGGCGGCACAUUUUGGGGACUGGGUUCUUUGCUAACUUCAGCCAAGGAGUUUGAUGAGCUGCUGGAUUUGGCCGAACAAGGUGACCACAAGUCGGUGGAUAUGCUUGUCAAGGACAUUUAUGGGGGCAACUACGAUGCUGUGGGUCUGGGAGGGGAUGUGAUUGCCAGCAGCUUCGGCAAGGCAGCUCGCUCAACUCGAGACACUGCUACUGGAUCCUUCAAGAAAGAAGACAUUGCCCGAAGCCUGCUCCUGUGUAUCAGCAACGACAUCGGACAGAUUGCUUACCUGCAGGCAAAGCUCCACGGCAUCAAAAAGAUUUACUUUGGGGGUUUCUUCAUUCGGGGUCAUCCGUUCACCAUGCACACAAUGUCCUUCGCCAUCAACUUCUGGUCAAAGGGCGAGAUCCAAGCAUUGUUUCUUCGGCACGAAGGCUACCUCUGUGCUAUUGGAGCUUUCCUAAAGGGGAUGGAGGAGGAAGAUUCUGAGCGAUACUCCUGGGGAGAAAACCUGGCCGGCAGUUCUGGCCUGGCAAGUCCGAAACACACCAACGGCUCCUUCAUGAGGCAGAUGUCCACCAAUUUUGCCAUGUUGGAGAUCAACAGACUUGACCGGGCUCUCCUGCCCUGUCCACUCCUGCUGGACGUCACCAGUUACUUCCCAGACACCGUAGACCUGACCCAAGAUGCCGAUGCGAGGAACUACUGGCUGCAGUGCUUUGCUGAAAGUGCCAUCAAGACCCAUGACAUCGCCAUAAAAAGCCAGCCACAUGAAACAAAUGCAAAGGAGCGGGCAGAUAUGUUUCUGGAGAAGUACCUCGAAAGGCUGAAAUCUUUGGAACAAAAUCCCUGUGCCUUUGGUUCACUCACAGUCCGAAACCUGCUGGACACAAGCACACAUUUUCUGCAAGAGUGUCUCUUCACCGACAUAUUCUCUCAGCAAAAACAGAUGGAGAACGAACAAGCACUGAAACAGCUGGAAGGGAGGCUGAAAAUGUUGGACAGUCUCCCUGACAAGGAGAAGCACAUGCAGCUGAUUCUAGGCAUUCUCGCCGGAAACGUGUUCGACUGGGGAGCCAAGGCUGUCACGGACAUCCUGGAGUCGCAAGAGUUUACGCUGGAAGAUGCUCAGAUGAAACUGCAGAGCAGACCCUGGCUUUAUGAUGACUUUGAUUCAUGGCUGGAUCGAGUCUCUCAGCCGAAGCCGUUUAAAUGUGCUGUGAUAUUCUGCGACAACUCAGGGGUUGAUAUCAUUUUAGGGAUCUUUCCUUUCACCAGGCAGCUCUUAUCUCUGGGAACUCACGUGAUUCUAUGUGCGAACUCCCACCCUAGUCUCAACGAUGUUGUGUACAGCGAGCUGUUGUUGAUCGUGAAAAAAGCCAGCGAAAUUUGUCCGAUUUUGACAUCAGCCCUAAAAAAUGGAGAACUAAUUGUUAUGGAAUCGGGUCAAGCCUCGCCCUGUUUGGAUUUACGGCUAAUUGACGAGCACCUGGUCUCAGCAAUAAAAGAGAAAGGAGCUGACCUUAUUGUCAUUGAAGGAAUGGGCAGAGCGGUGCAUACUAACUUUGACGCAGCUUUCUCAUGCGACGCCCUCAAAGUUGCCGUCAUAAAAAACAAGUGGCUAGCCACUCGUUUCGGAGGGGACAUGUUCAGCGUUAUAUUCAAAUUUGAACGACCUCGAAAGAUAUCGUUCGAUGUCUCAUCCAGUCCCCCAUCAUCUAUGUCAGUAAGAUAG